UGGCACGACUUCAUGCAGUACCGCAGUUCCGUCUGAAUCAUCAGACAGAUAGCAGCAUGCCUGAGCCAGCAAAGCCCGCCCCGAAGAAAGGCUCCAAGAAAGCCGUGACCAAGACCACCGCUAAAGGAGGCAAGAAGCGCAGAAAGACCAGGAAGGAAAGUUAUGCAAUCUACGUGUACAAAGUCCUGAAGCAGGUCCAUCCCGACACCGGCAUCUCCUCCAAGGCCAUGGGUAUCAUGAACUCUUUCGUGAAUGACAUCUUCGAGCGUAUCGCUGGAGAGUCUUCCCGUUUGGCUCAUUACAACAAGCGCUCUACCAUCACUUCCAGGGAGAUCCAGACUGCAGUGCGUCUGCUCCUGCCCGGUGAGCUUGCCAAGCACGCCGUAUCUGAGGGAACCAAGGCCGUCACCAAGUACACCAGCUCCAAGUAAACUUUUCAUCGCGUUUUCCAAC